GCUCUGGGUAGAGGCAGUGAGGGGAAUGAAUCUGACCCGCGCAGUCGUGGCCGGGCUCGGCGGGCCAUAGGGUCGCGAUCGAGCAGGAAAAACAACUUCUCAAUUGGGUGUUCAAAUUUCAUGAAUUGAAUUCGAAUUGGGUUGAAUUGAAUUUGAAUUGGCUCAAAUUGGACUGAAUUGGUUGAAUUGUUUUUGAAUUGGGCAGAGUUGAUUAGGGAUGUACACUUAGCAGGUGAGUUGUUUUCCCCGUUUGUCGCGAUGAGCCCGCUCAUCGGCCUGCUGCUCGUCGCACCCUCGCUGGCCAUGGCCGCCCUCCCUCCGCGGCCCCACGACGGCCUGCAGUUCAAGCCGCUGCCGCGCGUGCUCGCCUCCUCCGCGCAGCUCGUCAUCAUCCGCUUCAACAUCACCAUCCCGGACUUGAAAGCCACAAUGCACCAUCUCACGGCCACCCUGGAGGCAAAGCUGAACAUGAUGACUCCGAACCAGACAGGCGUUGUUCGGGAUGUGAUUGGCGAUUUGGAAAAUAUGUACGAGCGGCUGGACCUUCACUUCAACGACGUGCAAAAGACGGCCAGGCGCAACGCGCACCGGAACAAGCGCAGCAUCAACCCACUCAACUCCUUAUCAGAGCUCUUGGGGUUUUGCUGUGGGUUCAUGACAGCGGAAGACAGACGCGCGCUUGAGGCACGCGAUGACGCCGUGUGGGACCGAUUAACCGAAGAGGUGGACAGGACCCAAAAUGCCUUUUAUGAAUCUCAGGGCAAGUUGGUGAAAGAGCUAAAUGUAUGGAAGGAAUAUGCGGAACGGAUGCAGCACGAGCUCACACAAGACAUAAAUAUACGUUUGGGCUACGCCAGCCAUGUGGACAUGACCGCAGCUCUGGUCAACUCCCUCGCUUUUGAUACGUUGCUAGUAGCAGAACGAAUAAGAAGCAUCGAGGCGGCUUGCGUGGCCGGUCGCAUCCCCAGCACGGUGGUCGACCAAACGGACCUGGCAUAUAUCGUGGCGAGGGUCCACAAAGAAAACCCACGCCAAAGGGUGGCCGUCGAUGAUAUUGACGCGCUCUUCAAGCUCGAGAUGGCCUCCUGCCAGUUCAGUAAACACGAGCUGAAGGUGAUGGCAUGGUUUCCGCUUGAGCCCAAGCAAGAGAGCAGUGCUCGGUUGAAGACGUAUGACGUCAUGCCGAUAGCCUUCCUGUACGAGGAACAGGUGUGCCAGCUGCUGAAGCACCCAGUGGUCGCCGUCGUGGCCGAGAGGAGCGACACCUCGAAGACCGUUGUGCGCCUCCUGGAGGGAGAGCAGCGCACGAGGUGCUUGUCUCGGCCCGUCUGCAAUGUGCCGCGCAUCACGGAGGCCGAGGACAUGGCCUGCAUCAACGGGGUGCUCACCGGGGCCGAGAUACGGGAGCUGAAGAGCGUGUGCAGCUUCACCUGUCAGCCCUAUAGACGUCUUCAGAUAGUCCACAUCGGCCACAACAACUACUCGGUGGUGAACAAGGACCGCGACCUGGUGGUGCGCUGCUCGGAGGUCCAGAACCGCGAUGUGCCGCGUCGGACCGAGGGAGCGCUGCUGCUGGAGGUGCCGUGCAGCUGCACGCUGGAGGACAGGGACAAGGGCGUGGUGCUGAUCGAGCGUCAGCAGCCGUGCGACAAGAAUUACUCUAGCGCCAUCAACGUCAUCCCCAUCGUGCCCAAGCUGUGGAUGGUGGACGACUACGCCAGGCUGACCGUCAACAUGACGGAGGUGCCGACCGAGGAGUUCAAGAGCAGCUUCAUGAACUUCACGCCGCCCUCUUCGGAAUUCUUCCGGUACACCCCUCCACCACCUCCUCCUUCUGAAGGCUUCUGGGAGGCGCUCCAGAAGUGGUUGCCUACUGCGCUGCUCCAGCUGCCCUCCCUCGUGCUGCUCGUGAUCAUGUUCCGCCAGCUGCAGCGCCAGCACCAGCGGCUGCGCAAGUUGGGCGUUUAGAGGGCAGCGUCUCGGGGGCAGGUCGCAUUGCAUCAACUUAAAGGCAAUGUUCACCUCACUCACUUCAAAAUAAGUCUAACACGAUAAAUAUGCCACCAGGUGCUUUCCUAUGAUCAAACAUGUCUGUGAUAUCAAUAAAAAUGAAACAUCAGCUUAAACGA